UCAUCACCAACUUUUUUUUUCUUCCAUCAUUUACCUUCUCCUUCUAUUCUUCGCCAGAGUGUUCUUCGUCACAGUCACCUCUUUUGCCUUCUCUUCUUUCUCUUCUUCAUCUUCUACGUAUACUUCUCUUCUUCUACCUCUACUUCCACUACCAACCAUCACCACCACCACCACCAUCACCACCACCACCCUCCUUUCUACUAUUACCACCACCUCUUAUAGAUCCACCUCCACCUCCUCCAACUUCACUCAUCUCUUCCCACCUUUCGCGUACCCGUGGAAGACGAGCGGCAACUAUCUUAGCGCGAAUAUCUUACGUCCAGAGAGUGCCUAACGACGAUCACGGGAACUUGAACAGAACUUCAACUCCGUCGUUUGUUGCUCCAAUUUUCAACCACCAAUCAUAGUUUCAUUACGAAGGAUUAGAUUUAACGUCAUCAUUGUUCCAAAUUAAUUUCUACGUCAUUCCCAUUUCUUUUAUCUUUUUUAUUUAUUAUUAUUAUUAUUAUUAUUUCUCUCUUUCUUUCUCUCACUCUUCCUUUCUUUCUUUCUUUCUUUCUCUCUCUCUCUCUUUCCAUCUAUUCAUCCAUCUAUCUAUCUAACUAUCUUUCUUUCUUUCCUUCUCUCUGACGUAGAACACGAAAGAAGACGUGAUAUUAAGGAACAGAGAGAGAGAGAGAGAGAGAGAGAGAGAAAGAGAGAAAGAGAGAGAGAGAGAGAGAGAGGGAGAGAAAGGAAAUAACGAAAAGAGAAGAAAGUAAAGAAAGAAGAAAAAAAUAGAGAAGGAGGACGGAGGAAGAGGAGAAUAACUACGAGGACACAUAUAGUAGUCUAUCUCUUAUAUACGUAUGUUAUAACAACGUGUGUAAGAAAAAGAUAGAUGUUGGCUGGAGACAGGAACGUUCUCUUUUACCGUACUAUCAUCAUCACCAUCGCCAACUACUAUUACUACUUCGGUACUUCCGGAUCCCUCCGAUACGCGCUAGUGGAAGAAAAGAAGAAGUAGAAGUAGAAGAAAAAGUAGAUGAAGAAGUAGUCAGAAAAGAAGUAGAAAAAGAAGAAGAAAAAGAAGAAGAAGCAGUCAAAAGGACUUCACACAGUAUAAUACGAACACAGUAAUAUACUAGUAUUAGUAUUAAUACAACUAGUAACAGCCGUACAGUAGUAAUAGUAAUAAUAAUAAUAAUAACAAUAAUAAUAAUAAUAAUAAUAAUAAUAAUAAUAAUAGUAGUAGUAGUAGUAGUAGUAUAACGAAAUCGUUCGCCUCAAGGAAAAGUGGUGUGUGCGGAAACGCAUGCGAUUCUCGUGUAUCACCUAUACAAACGAAUCGAAAGUAUAGUAACGGGCACCGGUCGAGAUAUAUACAUACGUAUAUAUAUAUAUAUAUAUAUACACAUAUAUAUAUAUAUAUUUACGCGCGCGCGCGCUCUCACACACACGGACCUUUCGUUUUCAACGCCGAAGAAGUGUUCUGUGAUUCGUGAGCGAAAUCAACGAAGAGAAAGAGAGAGAUAGAGAGAGAGAGAGAGAGAGAGAGAGAGAGAGAGAGAGAGACGUGUUACAUCGGAGAACGGAAGAAAGACGAGAUCAUCUUCUUCUUUACAUCGGCCAACGCUAGAGAGAAAGAGAGAGAGAGAUAGAAAGAGAUAACAAGAGGCGGAAAAAAUCGAUAGAAAGAGAAAAAGGAAGAAGCAGGAUGAACAUCGCUGGAAUUAAGAUGGACUGGACUAUCAGAUUGUAUGCUGUUGUAUGGAUCUUGAUGAUAACUACGCCAAGUUACAAGGCAACGAGUUUGGAGAAUCCAAAUAUCGAUGGUAACAACGAAGAAGCGUCAUUGGAGGAAACUACUGAGGAUUAUUGGGCAGGAAGUGGAUCUGGACCGGAGGACGAGCAUUCAUUGCAAAAUGAAACAAGAGAAGCUUUGACACACGAAGCAAGUGAUCACGAUGCGGUUGUAUAUGUGGGCGAAGGAGGAGCAUACGUUCCGGUACCAUCUUUAAAAAAUCGUCCAUUAAGCCCGAAUCUUCAAGCUUUGCAAACUCUUCAAGGUCUUCAAGGAUUAACAGGUGGGGGUGGAACAGGAGUUGUAGCCGACGAAGAAUGGCGAAGACAUCCAGAAACUUGGGAUAGGGAACAUAGAAGAUAUAGACCGAACACAACCAGAGUACAACAUAUCGAAGCGGAGUGCCAAGACGAUUACAUGAAAAUCAGGAUUGGUUUUAAUGGAUCCUUCACUGGAUUACUUUACUCGGCAGGAUAUUCUUACGAUCCGGACUGCAUGUACGUUAAUGGAACUGGCCGUGAUUACUAUGAAUUCUAUAUCCAAUUGAAUCGAUGCGGUACCCUGGGCGAGAACACUCAUCACCAGGACAGCAGAAAGAAUCCCACGAAAAAUCUCAUGUGGAAUACCGUCACCGUUCAAUAUAAUCCAUUGAUCGAGGAGGAAUUUGACGAACAUUUUAAAGUCACCUGCGAGUAUGGCUACGAUUUUUGGAAAACCGUGACAUUUCCAUUUUUGGACGUAGAGGUCGCCACGGGAAAUCCCGUAGUCUUCACCCUCCAGCCACCGGAGUGCUACAUGGAAAUCAGAUACGGUUACGGGACCACUGGAACUAGAGUGGCUGGACCAGUUCGCGUUGGCGAUCCUCUGACUCUCAUUAUCUACAUGCGCAGCAAAUACGAUGGUUUUGACAUAGUCGUGAACGAUUGUUACGCUCACAACGGUGGAAACAAGAGGAUUCAACUUAUCGAUCAAUACGGAUGUCCCGUCGACGAUAAACUGAUUAGCAGAUUUCGAGGAUCCUGGUCGGAGAGUGGAUUAUUUGAGACUCAAGUAUUCGCAUAUAUGAAGACAUUUAGGUUUACAGGCUCGCCUGCAUUGUAUAUCGAGUGCGACGUUCGUAUGUGCCACGGUCGAUGUCCGAGUCAACCAUGCCAUUGGAGGAAUGCAAAAAAUGUUGCGAAAAGAUCUGUGUCGGACAUGAUCGGUGGACCAACGACACCAGCUACGAGUUUGUCGGAAAAUGUAAAUCUUUUUCAAUCCUUACGAGUACUUCAAGAAGGGGAAGUGGACACGGAAUUAUUCCAAAACUCUACUACAGCUUCUCGCAAUGGUUCAAACGAUCCCUCGAACGACAGAGUGUGUUUAAGAUCGAGCGUGAUGAGUACGAUCGUAGGAUUAGGCUGCGGUAUAAUUUGUUUAUUGUCGGGCACAUUAUUAGCAAUGUGUUCGCGAAUGCGACGACAAGCGCGAGAGAAAUUGCUCUCGGAUAGCAUAAGUUAUAUGACGCACAAGGGUAGAAUUAAUUAAGUGUGGUCCUGGGUGAAAAUAUAUUUGGGGAUUAAUUUCGUUCUUUCUUCCCGUGGUUCUUGCGAUUGCAAUGUUUUUUUUUUUACCGACGGAGAUCGGUCAAGAAGGGUUGGGAAGGGGGGAAAGAAACAAAGAAAAGUGAAAGAAAAAAGAAAGAAAAAGAACGAGAAUUCGUCGGUAAAACAGAAAUCUGCAUUACCGUGACUCGAUGUCGCGAGAUAUCGACGUUAUCGGGAGGGACGAACGAUAAAAGAGAAUCGAAUGGAUUUUUAUCUAAAUGCCAACGAGUAUGCAACAAGUUAACAAGCUACUUCGAUGAAAGACUUUAGUAUUUUAGUGUGCCUAACGAUAAAACAAAUAACGCCUUAACAACUAUAAUUUACUAUUUAGUUUAAUUCAUUAUAUAAUGAUUCAUUAAUACUCAAGACGAGGAGCGUAAUAUUUAAGAACGACGACCUCGGUACUAUUAUUUUAUUUUUGCCUUAACUCGAUUUUUUCCGUUUUCAUUGAAGAAAACGUUUCCGCCGAUAAAGUAGAGUUCUACCGGUAAUGUAGUAAUCAUUGCGAGUUGUGAAAUCAUUGUUACUCGUAAUUUUGAACGAGUACUUCUUGAUUUCGUUAUUUCGCGAAAAUACUUUUUCUAUGUUCUUUGAUAUCUUCUUUUUUUUUCGUUUGUUUUUUUUUUUUUUUUUUUUUUUUUUCUAUAUAUAUCUGCGCUCUUUGCGACGACGUAGACCGAUCUUUCUCUCUUUUAUUCUUUUUCAUUAUAAUCAUAAGAAUUUUAACUGGAAUCCGAUCGCUUUAUCGUGCGUCGGUAAUAGAGAUAAUAAAGUUUUCAUGAACUUUGCCAGAGUCCUCGGAGGUUAGUUUAUAAUAAUAAAUAUCUCUUCGAUACAUUAGGAGGGAAAUGAAAAGGAGCGAAUUAUAGUAUGAAGGUAUUUUAUUAAUCAUCUACGGUUACAUUAUUAUUAUAUGCUCAAACGCUAUUAAUCGGCAUAUUCAGGAACAUUAUUAUUCUUUUAGAAAAAAAUCCGAGGAUAAGUUACCGUCAGUCGGUAAUUAUUUCAAGAACGUAAGUCUUCACGAGAGCCAUCCCUUUAAUUAAGGGCCACACAACGUUUCUGAAUGUUCGCGAAUAAUAUUAAUUUACAAAUUAAGCUUUCAUUCAUUAUUAUAUGAUAUGAUAAUUAAUUGAUUAAUUAAUUACACGUAGGAUUAUAUAAUGGCUAAAGUAAUUAUGUUAAAGCUCGAACCCUGAUCUCUCAGAAAAUAUGACAAGAGAGAAACGAAAAAAAACGUGAAAGACAACAAAAAUUAUAUAAAAGAACUUAAAAAAAAAAAAAAAAAAAAAAAAAAAAAAAAAAAAAAAAAAAAAAAAAAAUAAACAAAGAAGGAGAGAAAGUUAAACAACAGACGCGCUUAGAACGUACGGCCAGUGAGGAUUAAAUAAUAUUUCGUGAACGUGUUAAUUCAAAGAAUAGAAAAAAAAGCAAUAAUAAUAAUAAUAAGAAGAAGAAGAAGAAGAAGAAGAAGAAAAAUUAAACGUAUACAAUUCGUUUUAUUUCAUUAAAAUUUUUCAAAUGUCCACGCGAAAUAUUAAUUUCCCCUCCUGGUCGUUUAUUAUUAUAAACACGCGCAUAUACAUGCACGCAGCAUAUAGCAAAUAGUAGCGUGUAAAAUGCCUUUCGAUUUUCCGUCCUAAAAAAAAAAAAAAAAAAAAAAAAAAAAUAACUCCGUCCAUACGAUAACCUUUCACCUAUAUAUACAUAUAUUUUUCUUUUUAUUUUUUGUUCCUUUUUUUUCUUUUUUUUUUUUUUUUUUUUUUUUUUUUUUUUUUUGUUAUUCCUUUUCUUUUUCUUUUUUUCUAUGGGAAGACAUCAGGAUUCAUGCGAUUAAGGAUUAAUUAGGUAUUAUUUGUAAAUAUAGUACUACGUCGAUUAACUCAUGAUAUUUAUAAUUUAAGCUCGUGUGUAACAAGGUUUUCCAAUAAACAAUAGACGGAGAAAUGAAUUUCUCUAAUGAC